AUGGGGUCUAUUGGCGGCAUGUCCCCUGGUGGGAGCAUCGCGCUCGGCAUUAUAACCGGACUGCUUUCGACCGGCGUGCAGAGCUUAGGUCUGACACUGCAACGCAAGUCGCACAUCCUCGAAGACGAGAAGGGGCCCCACGAUGUCCGCCGACCACCUCACCGAAGGAGGAGAUGGCAGAUCGGGAUGGCCAUGUUCAUAGUAUCAAAUAUCCUCGGGAGUACCGUCCAGAUAUCGACACUACCGCUGCCCGUUCUGUCCACGCUGCAGGCCUCGGGCCUAGUCUUCAACUCAAUAUGCGCCACGCUCAUACUGGGCGAGCCCUUCACGAGGUGGUCACUAUGGGGCACAUUAUUGGUGUGCGCCGGCGCAGUGCUGAUCGCUAUCUUUGGCGCCAUACCGUCUCCCACACACACCUUGGACGAGCUGCUGGCGCUGCUGGGGAGGUCGGCCUUCGUGUUGUGGAUGGCACUGCAAGCAGUCCUCGUCAUUUCCAUCUGCGCCGUAAUCGACGGCGCGAACCACUUCCUGAAUCUCUCGCAGAGCCCGCGGUUUCGCCUGAUCCGCGGCCUGUCCUACGGCUGCGUAAGUGGCAUAUUGUCCGCCCACUCACUGCUGGUGGCAAAAUCGGCCGUCGAACUCAUCAUCAAGACCGUGGUGGACGGCAAGAACCAGUUUGUUCGCUGGCAAGCGUGGGUGAUUGUCCUGGCGCUCAUCACACUAGCAUUGACUCAACUCUACUAUCUGCAUCGAGGCCUCAAGCUGGUCUCGACAUCUGUCCUAUACCCCCUGGUAUUCUGCAUUUACAAUAUCAUUGCCAUCCUAGAUGGGCUCAUCUACUUCGAUCAGACCGAACUCAUCAGCGCGUUGCGCGGUUGUCUCAUAGCGCUCGGCACCGUCAUUCUCUUGUCAGGUGUCCUUGCGCUUUCUUGGAGACUGAGCGACGAGCAGCACACUCCCGUGGGCGGUCAAUCCUCUCUCGCGCCAGGUUUGGGUCUCGUGGAAGACACAGACGGUGAGGAGGAGGAAGAGGACCUGCUCCUCGCCAACACUAAUACAGUCGGCGCUGAAGAUGACGUCCUUCCAACGACUUACACGUAUAACACCUUUGACAGUCCGGAGCCAGACAGCGCUCGGCGCAGCAGGCCAAAACCGCCGUCAAGCUCCACGUUCCCAGAGUAUAGUGACGACCCGGGGGACCACGCUGCCCCGGCUGCUCGAAGGCCCUACAGGGACAGCCCUGAACCGGACCGCAUUGAAGAGGCGUCCGGCCCGGCCGAGGUCACAGGGCGCAGGAGGGAAGACGAUUCUGCUGUAUAG